AUGAAGGCCGACCUGCAAUUUGUUUAUGACGAUUUGCAUGAAAUGGAGACGUAUUAUCGUACUGAAGCAGACGAAGAUCACGGCAACAUUUAUUGGUAUUUCAAGGAUCCCUUCUGGAAUCGUAAAUUUUUCCCAAUAACGCUUUCGUAUGCACGCGCCAAGAACAAUUAUUAUAAAAUUGUACGUUUUAAUUUUGAGCAGCUUACUUUCUUGAAAUAUUUGGAUCAGCUGCGAAUCAUCUGUGCAGCUAGCAACUUUUCCGAUUAUUUUGAUCAGUGCUUCACCGUCUGA